GCUCUCCCAACGACCAGCACCCUCCUCGCCGCCGUCCUCGCCGUCCUCGCCGCCGUCCUCGCCGUCGUCCUCGCACCCGCCAUGCCCAUCGCACCCAUCACCGGAAAGCUCAGGAAGCGCUUCUGGCUCGACCUCACCGUCUCCCUCGGCAUGGGCGUCAGCGCAGGCUACGCUUUCUGGUAUGGCGUCCACCUGAAGACCGUCCAAAAGCAGGAGGAGUUCUACCUCAAGCUCGAGCGCGCCAAGCAGGAGGCAUAGAUCCACGCUGUACUGUCGUGUCACCCCCCGCCGCAAUCCGCAUUUGACUGCUUUCUGUACUCCACGUUCGCCCGCAGACUGGCCACACGACCACG